UCCCACACAGCCAGUCUCGAGCCGAGCGAGCGAGCGCGCGCCCGUCCGCCGCCACAGCUUUCCCGGAGCGGAGAGGAGAGAGAGAGAGCGGGGCAGAUACAGCACUGAGUUUAACAGAAACUUCAGAGAAGAGAGAUGAGCCGCGGUGCUGCUCUCCUGAUACUCCGUCAGUGAGCGGCGGCAGAUGGCUCUGAGUAACCGGCAGCGCAUCGCCUGAUGAGGAGGAUACUAACAACCCGAGAGCGAGUCUGAGAGAGAGUGAGAGAACCGACCGGAGGAGAACCAGCCUUUCUCCAUCAGUUACUACUGCUGAACAUGAGCGGAGGAGAGAUCAUCUGCCAGGGCUGGCUGAGGAAGUCUCCACCCGAGAAGAAACUCCGCCGAUAUGCCUGGAAGAAGCGCUGGUUCAUCCUCCGCAGUGGACGCAUGAGUGGAGACCCAGAUGUUCUGGAGUACUACAAGAGCGACCAUGCCAAAAAGCCCAUCCGCAUCAUAGAUCUGCACUGCUGCGAGCAGGUGGACGCUGGCCUUACUUUCAAGCGUAAGGAGUUCCAGGACAGCUUUGUGUUUGAUAUCAAAACAGCUGAAAGGACCUUCUACCUGGUGGCAGAGACGGAGGAGGAGAUGAACCGGUGGGUUCGUUCCAUCUGCCAGCUCUGCGGAUUCAACCAGUCUGAGGACAACCACGACGAGAGGCCAUCCACUACCCACAUGCUGCGCUCCAUAGCCGGGGACCUCGGCGGCUCUAUGGCUCCUCUGAUUGGUGAACGCAAAACCUCUGCACCCUCCCACUCCAGCCAGCCAAUGCUGUUCACCUUCGACAUGCCCGUACGCCACUCCCACGGCUCCCUGUCCAACAGCGCCCCCCAGGACUACCUCCUCCUUCACCAGUGCAUGAGCCGGAAAAGCGAGAGCGCUCGGAGUGCCAGCUUCUCCCAGGCCUCGCGUGGCAGCCUGCUGGUGGGCAGUGACUCAGCUGUUCAGCGCCUCACUCACGGUCUCUCGCACUGCCUCAACGGAACGGGCACCUACAGUCUGCCCAAACCCAGCAAGAGCCAGCAGCUCGGAUCCCCCCGGGACGGCUGCUACGUCCUGCCCCGCGGCUACAGCUCAGAGGGGGCUUCCGAGCUGGACUCUGACGAGGUCUACACCUACAAGACCCCCUGUAACGCCCUGGCCACCUCGCACUUCAACGAGCAGCGCCCUCCCGACAACUACGACCUGCCCACCACGCCCGGGUCCUUCUACCAGAUCCCCCGCACCUUCGACAGGAACCACAACGCCCUGACGCCGUCCAGCGCAGACUCGACUGGCGGCCCUCCGCCGAGACCACCCAAACCCAACCAGAGCUCCGAGACACGCUGGGGCAGCCCUCAGUCCCUCGGGGGGCAGAAUGGAGAAGUGUCCAAUGUGUCAGUCAUACCAAGGAGGAACACACUUCCAGCUGUGGAGAACAUCAGGCUUCACAGAGGGUCCUCAUUUGAGACCAGCAGUCAUCAGCGUCCCAUCUAUUUCAAUAACUCUGGUCAGUCAGUUGAGUCGGUCAACGAUGGCUUCAGCUCCUACCUGAGAGCGAAAGCUCCGUUGACCCGCUCAGACAGUGGUAAUUCAGACGAUAACUACGUCCCCAUGAACCCUGGCUCCUCCUCUUCCCCUCUCAACGCUGCUCUGGCAGACAGUCCUAAGAACAACUACAUUCCCAUGAGUCCUGGCCCGCAUCAUUUUGAUUUCCCAGGGUUCUCUGCCACGCUGCCAGCUAGAAAAGGCAGCACAGCAUCACUGUGCCACCGGCCGGGCCGCUUGAGUGAUGUCACGCCGCCACCAAUCAACCGCAACCUUAAACCCAACAGAAAAGCAAAGCCAACACCUCUGGACCUGAGAAACAACGGAAUCAUAGAUGAGCUUCCUUUCAAAAGCCCUGUAACCUUGUCCUGGACCAGACCCAUGCCUAUUAUGAACUCCAUCUCCUCACAACACUGUCGACCCAUCUCCACCCAGAGUAUCACCAGCACUGAUUCUGCAGACAGCGAGGAGAACUAUGUGGCAAUGCAAAACCCAGCAUCUACCUCGCCGGCAGUGAGUGGUACCAGCAGCCCUGCUCCUAGAAAAUGUGGUAAUGUCGAUUAUUUGGCUCUGGACUUCCAGCCUGGCUCCCCCGGUCCACACAGAAAGCCUUCCACCUCUUCCGCCACGUCAGAUGAGAAGGUGGACUAUGUCCAAGUGGACAAGGAGAAGACACAGGCCCUUCAGAACACCAUGCAGGAAUGGACGGACGUGCGGCAAUCCGGCGAACCAACCAAAGGCAUCAAGUCCUGACAGAACGAUGGCGAUGUGCUAAUGUGCUUAAUGCUGGCAGCAAGACGACACUCACUGCAUGUGGGCCUCAUCACCUCCUUUCCCAGUAGACUUGUGUGCCAUGAUGUUUAGGAACCGACUGAACAAUUCAAAACUGAAGGACUAAAGAAACAGCAGAACGUUUCUGUGGAACAGAGUUGGAACAGGAUGGAACCCAAAGCCAUAACAAACACUCUCUGCCCUCUGAGGAGAAUAAAACAGCCAUUAAUCAUCAUA